GUUUCCGGGGCGGAAAUGAGCGAGUUUGUUGUCGGAUGUGCGCGAUUGGAGAGGUGGUCAGGAUGGUCUGUGAGAAAUGUGAAAAGAAGCUGGGAAGAGUUAUUACGCCAGAUACUUGGAAAGAUGGAUCAAGGAACACAAUGGAAAGCGGUGGCCGCAAGAUCAACGAAAACAAGGCGUUGACUUCAAAAAAAGCAAGGUUUGAUCCUUAUGGAAAGAGCAGAUUUUCAGUUUGUCGUAUCUGUAAAAGUGCAGUUCACCAAGCUGGUUCUAAUUAUUGUCAAGGAUGUGCAUACAAAAAAGGUAUCUGUGCAAUGUGUGGCAAAAAAAUCCUGGAUACUAAAAACUACAAGCAGACAUCUGUAUAACUUCAUUUCAAAGAUAUGCUUAUGGGUUUAUUGGGUGUCUUUGAAGCAUCUGACCAACAUGUGCAUGAGCAUGUUAAUAACCACAUCUCACAAAACCUGUAUGAGAUAAUGUACCUGCAUAUUUCUAAAGCGGAAAACUGUCAUGGAGACACAGCUUCUGAAAUAAAUUUAUUUGCUUGACAUUUAUUAAUAUGUAUAUUUUAAUGUUUUUAAAAUACAAUGAUGUCAGUAUGUAUGGCUUGAGAGGUGACAACAUGUCAAAGGUGAAGUUAUGGAGAGACAAAUCAGCUGAGCUGGAAACUGGCCAGAUCUGAUUAGCAAUGAAGACUGGAGUGCAUGAUGGCACAUGAGUUUUUUUUCCACUGCCUAUAUGCAGCAAAUGAAAAUGUUUGUGGCAGCAUACACUCUGAAAAUAGAGGUUCUACAGAAGAGAAUUGGAGAUUUAUAAAGACACAAAAGGUGGACAGCUCUUAUUGUAAAACUAGAUACAAUAUAAUAGAAGUGACAAACUAAAUUUCGGGAACAUCUUAACAGAACUGUCUCCUGUUGAUUUGUUUUCUUGGCUUCACUCUUCUGUAUUGGGAAGUGAGAAUAUUCAUGGCUUUUGUAAUUUGUGCUUUUUUCAUUACUGAAAUUAAUAUUUUGAGUUAAUUACUGAAUUCGAGUGAUUUUGUAAUCUUUUCAACUUUUCGUAUUGUUUGGUGGAAAAAAGUAACUGUUGGAUCUACUAAUUCAAUGGAAGAUUGUUACUCCAAAUGUUCUGAUUGCGAUUAAUGUUAUUCUUUCAUUUGAAGACGCCCUCUUCUAUGAACAGCUGUUCAUUUAGAUUAUCUUAAAUCCUGGCAUGAUCCAAGAUCACCAGGGUGGUUUAAAACCUUAGUUGCUGCUCUGAUGGUCAUGUUCUGUGUUCUGUACCUCUUCAUCCCUGCUCAGAAAUACUUUAGUUAAGCAUCUGCCAUUGUUUUGAACACCCAUAAAACCUUUGUCAAUAAUGUCUUGCAUUAUCCACUUCUUUGUAAGUUGCUAUCAUAUGGCUUUUGACAAAAUUAUGCUCAUUCCUAUAUUUUUCCCCCCUUUUUUUUUCUCAUUCUAUUAAUUCUUUGUUUUUGUGAACUCGGAUUGCCCAAGUUUCUGCCCUUUCUGCCUCUGACAGUGCAUUGCUUUAUUCACGAUAAAACUCUAAGUAGUUCUCUGCUGAUACUGCUCAAAAAUCACCAUUUUCUUUCAGAUCAUGCUCAGUACUUUAAGACCUCUUGUAGAUUUCCUCCUUCGUGGCCUCCAGUGAGCCAGGGAGGUUUGUUUGUUUCAAUUGUUCAAAGAUCAAAAAGUAAGAUUUCCAAUUGGUGGGAAGUGUUCUGCUAAAAAAUGGGCAGGUAGGGACAGAGAUUGAUAACGUGGAUCAUCUUGUUUUCAAAUUUGUAGUUACGCAGACUAUACAAGGGCUUAAUAGAGGAUGAGUAAUUCAUAUUAAAGGCUUUGCAAUCCAAAACUUAGUGCUCUCUGUUUCAGAUAGAAACCCUGUCCAAUGUUAAAUCGGUUUAUUGAAAAUAGGUGUUAAACAGUAGCAAUGUUAUUGUGGCAACUUGGGCCCUUUAAGGUGCAUAGCCAUUUUUUCAAAAACUUGAUACUUGACAAACAUGGGAGUCAUUCUAAGUGUUGACCACAUAUUUUAUGCUUGAAGAAUUCAAAGAAAAUAUGUUAGGAGAUCAGCUGGCACCAGAACCAAACUGUCUGUAUUCUACCAUGUGUAGCUGCACAAAUCUAGAGAAUGUAUCUGUCAGCAACCUCCACAGGCUUUGGAUCAGCAUUAAGGUAGUUGUAGAGCGAAGCCAUUUGCUGAACAUCUGGAACUGACCUCCAUUUGUAAGGAUAGCACUACCAGUGGCAAGAUUCUUUUAUCUUUCAGCUGUUAGGCCUGUACCUCCUUUCAGGGUAGCUUUGGAAUCAUCUACAAUAUCAGCCAUUUCUGCCCAAGAUUUAUUGAACUAUAUUACAGGAAUAGCAUUUUCAUUUCCAACUCAAAAUCAUUGCAUUACUGUACUUUCUAAAGUGCAUCCUCAUUUGCCAGUAACUGAACAUGCAUUGCACAGCAAGAGUAACUGCGAAGCACUGGUAGGAUUUCAGCCCAACAAGUAUAUCAAAUGUAACUUGCAUCCUAUAUUUAUGAAUGCUCUGUUCAGUCAUGCAGGCUAUGCAUUUCGAAAACAAUAAGGCUGCCUGACAGCUUGAUGGGAUGAGUAACAUGAGUCUUGGGUUUUGAGGAUUUUUUUUUGUGGUAUGCAUAUUUUGGGUCACGACUUUCGAGGAAUCUCCCGGGGAGCAAUUAGUGAGGCAUCGUCCCUCAAAUCUCAUCUACUUCCAUAGUUAUGGUCCAGUUUUCUUUUGUGUUGCUGAAAACAAUCACUCCGUUAGCCAUCUCUAGCUAGCACUUUUAAAUGACUUUUUUGUGACCGAUACUUUGAAUGCCAGCCAGGGAAACCGGUUCCUAACUGCAAGUAGCAACUCCUCAAGGGAACUACCCAUAAAUAGGGCCACGUGCUUUUAAGAAUCCUUGUGUAAAUAAAGCUGCAAUCUUGUUUCAUUGGUUAAUCUCCAUUUUAACUCAUUCUUUCCCAAUACCUUCUGUAUGGAGUUCCUUACCUCACUUGACCUGCCAACAUGAAAUUUCGGCUUUUAAAACCUCAACUUGGUAUCAAUUAGUUACUACAACCCAAUAGAUUGCAACUCUUUACAAUUUUGGUGCUGCCCUGCAGUGUUGCUAUUCACCAGUGUUUCUCAGUUUGAAGGUAAAAUUAAUCCAAAUAUUGAAUGUUGCAUGGGCACUGUUCUCACUUCAUUAGAUCAAUAAUUACAGUAAUAUUUCAUUGGAAAUUAUGAAAUUGUUGCAAUUUUACCAAGUGAAAUGCUGAAAGUUUGUAAUCCUUAUGUUGAUCAUCCAAUGAAUUGUGCAUUUGUGUUUUGGGACAGACUGGCUAAGUAGCAAAACAAAAAUAGUUGUUGAAAAUAAUUGUCAGUUUGCUAUUUUAAUUUUUAAGAUUAUGCGAUUAACAUUUUAAACAAUGUCUCUGUUAAGUGAUUUAUUUCUUCAUUACAGUUUGCUGUUAGCAAGCAUUAAAACCCUAUUUCUGCUCCCUC